AUGACGAAACUGCAGCCGUUUCCAAAGGAGUGGUACAAUCAGGGACACUUCAUCGCCACAUGCAGGCUCCGGUCAGCUGCAGACUCACGGCAGCAGCCAGCCGACGGCCUGGGAGGACGACUGCACCGGCAGCAUCUACGUCCAGGGCAGAGGAACCGUCAUGACCUACAUGUUUGUGGCCUGGUGGACCAGAAGGAGAUCACGGCAGCUCUCAGACAGUGUAACUACGACCCCGAUGAGGUCAUCUCCGUCUACCACACCAUGUUUGGAGAUAUCCUCCUGCAGGCCCCCCCAGGAGGAAAUCACAACUAUCAUGACCUCAACUCCUUCAGAGCCCUCCUGGAGAGAGAACGGGUCAUCGAGGAUCUGAAGCAGAAGCUCCAGACGAAAGAAAAGGAGGUCGACAAUCUGUUUCAGAGGAACAGUCAGCUGCUGAGGGAAGUCCGCUAUCUGACUGAUGUUGUUCAGCACCUGAAUCAGAAGCUCGCCGAGCUCGAGGCUGACAAGCAGGAGCUCUGGGAGAAGAUCCGAUCCCUCCUGAACCACCGAGCUUCUCCCGUCCCACCUGCCAAACCCGUCAUCAAGCCUGCUGUGGACAUCGGCCAACUGUGCCACAUGAGCCGGCUGACCCGGGAGCUGAACGUCUCAAACAAGCACCUUCGCGCCGUAGUUCACCUGGCACUCGCUGACAUUAAGAACCACCUGGGGCAGUUCGAUUGUCCUCUGGGGAAGUUGGCUCAAGUGGAACAGGAGGCAACCAGUGAGGUGGAGAAGCUACGAUACCUCGACAGGAAGGAGGCGGUGGAGAGGAAGAGCCUGUACAACAAGCUGCUCGAGUUGCAGGGGAACACACGGGUGUUCUGCCGCUGCAGGAAGAGCUCGGCCUCCAGCUGCUUGGAUGACCAGGAGGUGGUCGUCAAAGACAAAGUCUACUCUCCCAGCAGCACACAGGAAGUCGUGUUUGCAGGAACUCUGCCUGUGAUAACUUCCUGUGUGGAUGGAUAUAACGUCUGUAUUUUGGCGUAUGGACAGAGGGGCUCAGGGAAGACGUACACCAUGAUGGGCAGCAAGGAAAACCCGGGAGUCAACAUCAGCUUAUCACACAUUUGAUUUCCAUGUGUGACAACUGCAAGUGUCCAGAGUGAGGACAGACUGAGGGACCCACUGCUGCACAUCAUCUGUGAGGCUUUGCACCCCUGAUGAUCCACCAGGACAAACUCACAAACGCAGUGUGUGAGGAAGAGGAGGAGGAAGAGCCAGCAGCAGCUGACAGAUGGAGAGAAUAGACAGACUGUUCCCUGUUUGUGAAGGACUGCUAGGAAAGUUUAACAUAACUAAUUAUCUGUCCUGAAUCAGUCUUAUUAGGUAAUGUUCAAAUAAUGUUAUCAUUCCAGUGUUUUCAGUGUGGGAGAAAGUACUCAGGGCCUUCAAGUUACACACUAUGAAAGG